CCUGGAGACGGCCGGGCAGGGAGAGGCGGGCUGCGGCGCGGAUUGGGUCAGGCACGCGCGAGGGCAGCUCCCGACGGCCGUCCCAGAGGCCCCCGCGCCGCCGGGGUCCUAGCAGGCAGCACCGCCUUCCGCUGCAUGUGCCUCCAGCGCGAUGCCCAAAUCUAAGCGCGACAAGAAAGUUUCCUUAACCAAAACUGCCAAGAAGGGCUUAGAACUGAAACAGAACCUGAUAGAAGAGCUUCGGAAAUGUGUGGACACGUACAAGUACCUUUUCAUCUUCUCCGUGGCCAACAUGAGGAACAGCAAGCUGAAGGACAUCCGGAACGCCUGGAAGCACAGCCGGAUGUUCUUUGGCAAAAACAAGGUGAUGAUGGUGGCCUUGGGUCGAAGCCCAGCUGACGAGUACAAAGACAACCUGCAUCAGGUCAGCAAGAAGUUGAGGGGUGAGGUCGGUCUCCUUUUCACCAACCGCACAAAGGAGGAAGUGAAUGAGUGGUUUACGAAAUACACGGAAAUGGACUUCGCUCGAGCCGGAAACAAAGCCACUUUCACUGUGACCCUGGACCCAGGGCCCCUGGAGCAGUUCCCCCACUCCAUGGAGCCACAGCUGAGGCAGCUGGGCCUGCCCACUGCCCUCAAGAGAGGUGUGGUGACCCUGCUGUCCGACCAUGAGGUAUGCAAGGAGGGCGACGUGCUGACCCCAGAGCAGGCCCGUGUACUGAAGCUUUUCGGGUAUGAGAUGGCUGAAUUCAAGGUCACCAUCAAAUACAUGUGGGAUGCACAGUCCGGAAGGUUCCAGCAGAUGGGAGAUGACUUGCCUGAGAGCGCAUCCGAGUCGGCAGAAGAAUCAGAGGGGGAAGAUGACGGCUGACAUCUUGGACACUUGAGGCCAGAAAUGUGGGACCACCACCCCGCUGGCCAAACAGCAGGGAGGGCGAGAGGGACGGACUGCUUUUCUAUGAGGAAUAAAACUGUCUGAAGGGUGACUCCUGUGGACAGCAAAGAGGACUUUUCCUAGAAAAAA